AUGAUGAUGCCUCGAUGUGGAGUGCCGGAUAUCAUCAAUGGCACGAAUUGGAUGCAACCGCAACGUGUUUGGCCCUUUGAGGUGGUGCCGCAAUAUGCUUUCUUUCCCGGCAACCCCAAGUGGCCACAUCACAAACACGCGCUCACAUAUGGAUUUGCAGACGGUACUACCGACAAGUUUUUCUUCCCUAUGAAGAUGGCCUUUGCAGACUGGCAUAUGGUGAGCCAUUUCUCAUUUAGAAAAACUAAAUUUAAUAAAGCAGAUUUGAAGUUCCAUUUGUUUUCUGGUGAUCAUGGAAAUCGGCGCCCGUUUGAUGCACCCACAAAAGGGAUUUGUCACUUUGAUGCAGAUGAAAACUGGGCAGAAUUUGGUCCGCCAACCGAUGUUGUGGACAUACGAAGUGUUGCCUUGCAUGAGAUCGAACACUUGUGA